GGACUUCACCCAUAUGUGGGGCCUGUGGUCGGCCUCAUUACCCAAAUCUAUAACAUCCAGACUGAAGUCCAUCAAGACAAGGUGGCGAGGCUACAGUCACGGGUCAGAGAUAUCGAGGGUCAGCUGCAUAGUAUGGGGGAAUCAAUGUCGCACUCAGACAACCUGAACAAGACCCAGAAGACAGUGAUGCAGGUUCUUGAAGAUGGUCUACAUCUGAUGAAGAAGCUGGAAGACAAGAGCCAGCUGCCCAUCCCUUCUUUGGACAAGGAGUUUGACGAUCUGAACACACGCUUGACUGAGUCCAUACAGAUGUUAAUGCACUCCCUUACCAUUGACACCCACAAGAUGAUGCAGAACAUCAGCACAAGCAUGAGCACACAGAUUACGAGAGGAGAGGAUGAGGCAGAUUGCACUGCUGCUCUCAAGAGCCCCGAGGAAACAAAGAAAAAGUCCAUUCGGCAGCGUGUGAGUCAGCAGUUGAAGAAUGCAAUGAAGGAUAAACAUGCUAGCCUCUUUGAAGGCCCUGAGGAGACUAAAGUCCAGCUGGACGAGGUCUACACAGAGAUCCAUGUCGCAGAGGGAGUUAAGGAAGAUGGAGCCCAACAUCAGAUGUAGACACAACAACAGACCAAAAAGGGCACAACCAUCAGCUGUACUGACAUUCUGAAAUCCUCAUCUGGAGCUGAAGUCAUAACAGUGAUGACCACUGGUAUUGCUGGCAUUGGGAAAUCUGUCGUUGUGCAGAAGAUCUGUCUUGACUGGGCAAGGAGAGCGCCCAAUCAGGAUGAAGAGGUGGAUGACAAAGGAGAAGGAAGAGCCAAUCGGGAUGUAGAUUUCAUAUUUGAGCUUCCUUUCCAGGAACUGAACUUACUCAUAAAGGAAGAACACAGUCUUCACUCACUGUUACUGUAUUUCUAUCCUGAACUGAAGGAGAUGAGCAUUGAGAUGUUAAAUAAUUCAAAGGUUUUGUUUGUCUUUGAUGGUCUGGAUGAAAGUAAACUUGAGCUGAAUUUCAGAAGAGAACCCAGAAUGAGUGAUAUAACAAAAAAAUCGUCAAUUAACAGUUUGAUAACAAAUCUCAUCAAGAAGAUUCUGCUUCCCUCCUCUCUCAUCUGGAUCACAUCGCGACCUGCAGCAAGCUAUCAGAUCCCGUCUCGUUAUGUAGACAAGUGGACAGAGGUCCGGGGAUUUGAUGACACUCAGAAAGAUGAAUACUUCUGAAGGAGACUAACAAACAGCCAGUCCCAGAAGAUCAUUUCUCAAAUCAAGAAAGUAAACAGCCUCUACAACAUGUGCCAAAUACCAGUGUUCUGUUGGAUCCUUACUCGUGUGCAUCAAGAAAAUCCAACAAGUAUGACUCAACUCUUCAUCCACUUCCUAGUCGCACAAACCACCAGGAAGGAUAGAAGAGCUGGCCAAAAUGAAACAAACCGAUACGAACUCCUGAGGAGAAAUAAGCAACACAUACUGGGGUUGUCUGAACUGGCUUUUAAACUACUAAAAGAGGAACGCAUCUUAUUUAGCAAGCAGGACCUGGAAGAUAUGGACAUUGUGGACAGUGUGAUUGAAGACUACUCUGAGAUGUUUACAAUCUCCAAGAAAGACCAAACUUCCUGUACUGAAAAGUUUUACCGCUUCGUUCAUCAGAGUGUUCAGGAGUUUUUGGCUGCCCUCCAUGUGCUCUGCAGGUUUGUGAGUAAAACCCAUAAGGCCCUGGAGCCCUUCACAGCGCAGGCUGCAGAGCAACUCAAAGGCUGUCAAAGUGACGCCAGCCGGGACAAGAUGCCGUUGCAUGUCCUGCUAAAUGGAAUGGUGGAUAAAGCCUUGCAGUGCACCAAUGGGCACCUGGAUCUUUUCCUGCGCUUCCUUUUAGGAAUAGCGCUGGAGUGCAACCUGAAACUCCUAAAAGGCCUACUUCCACAAAAAAAUCACAUUUCUGAAAGUGCCAAGGCGACUGCUGCAUACAUCAAGGAGCUUCUAAGCAAAGACAACAAUUCUGUUGAGCGGUGCCUGAAUCUGCUACUCUGUUUACUUGAAAUGAAUGAUGGUUCACUGCAUGAGAAAAUUGAAGAGUACGUGAGAUCUGGAAAAUUUCUCAAAGCAGACCAGUGUUCGAUACAGUCGUACAUGCUUCUGACCUCAAAGGAAGUACUGGAUGAGUUCAACUUGACCGUGUACAGGACGUCUCAGGAGGGUCGUGAAAGAUUGCUCGUUGUGCUGAGGAGCUGCAGAAAGGCUCAACUUAAUGGCUGUGGUCUCGGCAAAGAUUCCUGUGGGGUUAUAUCAGCUAAUCUCCAACUACAAACUGCACGCCUGAGGGAGUUGGACUUGAGCUCUAAUCCUCUGAAGGAUUCUGGAGUGGAGCUGCUGUCUGCUGGACUAAAGCAAAAAAACGGCAGACUUGAGAAACUGAGACUGGCUGGCUGUGGUCUCAGUGGAGAUUCCUGUAGGACUCUAUCAUCAGUUCUCCAGUCAGAACACUCACAGCUGAGAGAGUUGGACCUGAGCUCUAAUCCUCUGAAGGAUUCUGGAGUGGAGCUGCUGUCUGCUGGACUGAAGCACACUAACUGCAGACUGGACACACUGAGACUUGCUGACUGUGAACUCACAAGAUGUGCUUGCAAAGCAUUGGCCUCAGUUCUCCAGUCAGACAACUCCCACCUGAAGAAUCUGGAUCUGACCAACAACGACGUCACCGAUUCUGGAGUGGAGGAGCUGUGUGCUGCACUGAAACACCACAGCUGUGCACUGCAGGUGUUGAGGCUCUCUGGGUGUCUGAUCUCACAGACAGGAUGUGAGUUUAUAGUCUCAGCUCUGACAUCAAACCCUGAUUCUCACCUCACUGAACUCGACCUGAGCUACAAUCACCCAGGAUAUGCAGGGUUGCAGAUGCUGUUCCAGCUGCGUCGCACAGUAAAUAUCAAUAUCGAUCACAUUUCAGAGGGCAUGCUUAACGGAGGAAUGACAAAAUAUGCCUGUGCGCUCACCUUGGACCCAAACACAGCAUGCAGAUAUCUCCUCCUGUCUGAGGGGAACAGGAAGGCCACAUAUGUGAAUGACAUGCAGAAAUACCCUGAGCGCCCAGAGAGGCUUGGGGACGACUCGUAUCAGGUCCUGAGCAGAGAGCCUCUGACUGGACGCUGCUACUGGGAGUGGGAGUGGAGUGGGGUGACAGCUGGUGCUGGAGUUGCUUAUGGCAGCAUGGACAGGAAAGGAGAUGGGAGUGGACUUGGAAGCACCAAUAAGUCCUGGAGUCUGAUGUGCAUUGGCGACAGAUACUCUGUCUUGCACAAUGGUAUUGCAAUAGAUGUCCCUGCGCUGCAUCCAGGCUCCAGAAGACUAGGUGUGUAUGUGGAGCGUGAUAUUACAACAGACUUCCCUGCCCCUGCUUCAGACUCCAGGAGAGUAGGAGUGUAUGUGGACCGUGAGGUCGGCACUCUGUCCUUCUACAGCGUCUCCUCGGAUGCCCUCACACACCUGCACACCUUCUACAGCACGUUCACUGAUGAGCCCCUACAUGCAGCGCUUAUGGCUUUUUCUGAUGGAGACUCUGUGGCCCUGGGCUAGAUGCUGUGUCCUUUAGCCUCUCUCUCAAAAGAAACACACACACACACA